CUUUUCCUCAAGUUCAAUUUUUUGGGAUUCCCUCCCACCCUAGCCGCAUCAAGUCGCUUUUACUUUUCCAGUUGUCACUAUUUAACCCAGUUUAUCUCUCCCUUUUCUUUCGUUUUCUUUUUUUUUUUUUUAACUCUGCGGCGCGCUUCCUCUUCUGGCUCUUUCUCACUUUAACAACAGCUCUGGACUCUUCUCUCACUCAACUUAAGCAUUUUAAAUCGCCUUUUAGCUGCUCUGCUUCAAAGGAAUGCCACCGGUUUCCCAGAAGAUUCUCCGGUAGGGGAGCUGAGAAUCCUGCGCCGGUCCCUGUCCAUGGUGCUGAAGCGCACUAAGCAGAAGACUCCCGCUGCUGCUGCAGAAUUUCCUCCUCAUCAGGAAGCGGCUCAUCGCCCUGCAUAGACUUUUUUCUUUUUCUUCUUCUUCUUUUUUUUGUGUGUGUUUAUUUAAAGUCGAAUCGCUUGUUGUACCAGCCGCGCUCUCACAAACAAGAAAAUCGGAUAAACGGACGAUUUCUCUUUUAAUUUCAGCUGGAACUAUUUCCCUUUAAAGAGCCAAUAGGGAAACUGGAAGUAAAACGGAUGAAAAUAAGCAACAACGGUGCGUUUCCAGGAUCGACGUCCAAGAUAAAUAAUCUUUCUUAGAAUAAAAUUGACACGUACUACCAAAUGGUCAUUUAAAGAAAAAAUAAUUAAGGCCUCAUCGGAACAAUGGAGGCGUCCGCCAAUGGGUCUAGUUUCGGCAUCGACUCACUGCUGUCACACCGGCCCGGGAGCCCGUUGUCUAAGGGGGACGGCCUGCUUCCUGGGGAGUGCCGCUCGCCCCUGGAGUUCAGCCCCAGGUCGGACGUGGAGAGCGGCUGCUCGUCUCCUCCGUCGCCCCGGAGAGAGUGUGUAGAGGACGCUGCCCAGAGACAAGUGCACGGCGCGGGACUGCCGCCGCACCUCCAGCACGCACAGAUCUCCGCGGGCGCGCAGCAGCGAACCGUGACCUCCUCCUUCCUCAUCAGGGACAUCCUGGCGGACUGCAAACCGCUGGCCGCCUGCGCGCCCUACUCCAGCAACGGACAGCCGACGCAGGAGGCCGGCAGGCUGGCCUCCAAGAUAGCGGAUGACUUCAUCGAAAAGAUCCACAGCAACUCAUCGUCGGACAGCGAAUAUAAAGUAAAAGAGGAGGGGGACAGGGAGAUCUCCAGUAGCAGGGACAGUCCCCAGGUCCGGCUGAAGAAGCCCAGGAAGGCCCGCACGGCCUUCACCGACCAUCAGCUGGCGCAGCUGGAGCGCAGCUUCGAGCGCCAGAAGUACCUGAGCGUCCAGGACCGAAUGGAGCUGGCAGCGUCCCUCAACCUCACCGACACGCAGGUCAAGACCUGGUACCAGAACCGGAGGACAAAGUGGAAGCGGCAGACUGCGGUCGGUCUGGAGCUGCUGGCGGAAGCUGGGAACUACUCCGCCCUGCAGAGAAUGUUUCCGUCCCCAUAUUUCUACCCGCAAAGCCUGGUGUCCAACCUGGACCCUGGGGCGGCCUUGUACCUGUACAGGGGGCCCUCGGCGCCCCCGCCGGCCCUACAGAGACCUCUGGUUCCGCGGAUCCUGCUGCACGGCCUGCAGGGGGGUGGUGAGCCCCCUCCACCCCCACCGCCUCCUCUGCCCCCCAUGUCCGGAGUGCUUCCCCGGCCCGCUCAGCAGCGGUGAGCUGGGCCCCCUGCUGACUUUCCUCUUUUCUUUUCAACACUUUGGACCCGUUAGAAUAAGCAGGACAAAUAAAGAGAAAAAGAUCAAAGGACGAGAAACAGUUGGGCCUUUGUGGGUAAAAAACAGGACGGAACUGAUCCGAAAAGACUAAAAAAA